UUGGCCUUUCUCACGGGGACGGCCCAUCACUGAUGCAUCAGCUUGCGGCUUGCGCGUGCGCCCCCACCUGAGCAGAGCCGCGCCGUUCUCCGUCUCUCCGGCGGCGAUCGGCGACUCGUCCCUCACCGUCGCAAGAAGCUUGUCACUUGGCGUGGCGGACGCAGGAGAAGACAGAGGAUGAGGGCCGUGGUGCAGCGCGUCCUCUCGGCCAGCGUCGAGGUGGAGGGACGAGUAGUGUCGGCGAUCGGCCCUGGACUCCUCGUACUCGUCGGCGUCCACGAGGCGGACACUGACUCCGACGCCGACUACAUUUGUCGGAAGGUCCUGAACAUGAGGCUAUUUCCUAACGAGAAUACUGGGAAAGCAUGGGAUCAAAGUGUUAUGCAGCGUAACUUUGAAGUCCUAUUAGUCAGCCAGUUUACAUUAUAUGGCAUCCUGAAGGGUAACAAGCCAGAUUUUCAUGUGGCUAUGCCACCUGCAAAAGCAAAACCAUUCUAUGCUUCUCUAGUCGAGAAAUUUCAGAGGUCAUACUCGGCUGAUUCAGUGAAAGAUGGUGUUUUUGGAGCAAUGAUGAAGGUGCCUCUGAGUGAAAAAAAAUGUUUCUUUGGUAAACGAUGGCCCAGUGACAAUGCAAGUCGACUCACCCUCACUGCAAGGCGCUGCUCAGUCAAGCAAUGGCGAUGAUGGUUUGCUUAGAGAUGGUGAAGCAAGAGUGCCUAAAGAGACAUGCUAAACCUCUAUGACUAGGUCUGCUGAGUCCUGCCGGCUGGCCUAAACGUGAUGGAGCCCUGGCCAAUGUUCUCCGUUAUGUUAUGCUCUUGCAGAAUUUUGAGUCGGGGGUUGGAGCUGAAAGAAGCCAUAUGUUGUGCUUCUAUCUGUACUUGUGAGGAAAUAUCCGAGUCGUGAUUUUUGUUACAUUAUUAAGUUGGCAUGAAUUAACUUGAACUUGUCUCUGGUCAAUACAUGAUAUGUAAUUUCUAGGAUCA